AUGGCGCGGGCGGGGCCGCGGGAGCUGUCCCUGGAGGAGGUGCUGAAGUGCUACGAGCAGCCGCUGAACGAGGAGCAGGCCUGGGCUCUCUGCUUCCAGGGCUGCCGCGCCGCCGCCGCCGGGCCCGCGCCCCCCGCCGCCCCCCGCAGACCCGCCGACAUCCGCCUGAGGCCCGACGGAUCCGUCCUGCUGCCCGCCCCGCCCGGACCGCCCGAGCUGCCCCCAUUGCUGACGCCCUCUGCUGAAGCCCAGAUGGUGCAGUCAUUGGGCUUUGCCAUCUACCGGGCACUGGACUGGGGGCUGGAUGAGAACGAGGAGCGGGAGCUGAGCCCACGCCUGGAGCAGCUCAUUGACCUGAUGACCAACAGUGACUCGGAGGACAGCGGCUGCGGCACGGCCGAUGAGGGCUAUGGGGGGCAAGAGGAGGAGGAGGAGGGGGGCGAGGGGCCACCACGCACCGUCCGUACCUUCGGGCAGGCCAUGCGGUGCUGUGCUGCCCGCCUGGCUGACCCGGCCGAGGCCCAGACACAUUACCAGGCCGUGUGCCGGGCACUCUUCGCUGAGACUGUGGAGCUCAAAGCCUUCCUUGCCAAGAUCCGGGAUGCCAAGGAGAUGCUGCAGAAGCUGAAGGAGGAUGAGGAGGCAGAGGAGCGUCCGGCAGCAGAGCUGGGCAGCCUGCGCAACACCGACUGGGCCCGACUGUGGGUGCAGCUGAUGCGGGAGCUGCGGCAUGGUGUGAAACUGAAGAAGGUGCAGGAGAAGCAGUUUGACCCCCUGCCCACUGAGUACCAGCUCACCCCCUUCGAGAUGCUGAUGCAGGACAUCCGAGCCCGCAACUACAAACUGCGCAAGGUCAUGGUGGACGGGGACAUCCCCCCCCGGGUGAAGAAGGAUGCCCAUGAGCUCAUCCUUGACUUCAUCCGCUCCCGGCCCCCCCUGAAGCAGGCAUCGGAGCGGCGGCUGCGGCCCCUGCCCCAGAAGCAGAGGACGCUCCAUGAGAAGAUCCUGGAGGAGAUCAAGCAAGAGAGGAAGCUUCGGCCCGUGGAGAUGUCAUACCAUGGCCAGAAAGGCUACAGCUCCCUGCCCUGCAUCCCCCACGCCUGUGCCCACCGCUUGGCCUCCAGCUCCUGCCUCGAGCUCUCCCGCUGCCCUGCCAGCACCACGCCGGCACAACCACGGCCACGAGUCCUGCUCAAGGCACCCACCCUGGCAGAGAUGGAGGAGAUGAACCUCUCCGAGGAGGAGGACUCUCCAGGCACGGAGGUGUCGCUGAAGCGGGACCGUUCCUUCUCAGAGCAGGACCUGGCACAGCUGCAGAGCCACCUGGGGGGGGGCCAGGCUGCCCCCCGGGAGACAGAGCCACUGCAGCCUGAACCCCGGCCCCGCUCAGGCUCUGUCCCCGCCAGCUGCCACCCAGUGCCAGAUGGCUCAGCACCCCCCCGGGCUGCCCUCGGUGCUGUGGAGGAGAGGCCAGAGGAUGGACCCAGUGCUGCCCCCAGCACCAGCUCCAAGCACCUCUGGCUGGAGUUCAGCCACCCCGUGGAGAGCCUGGCCCUCACCGUGGAGGAGAUGAUGAACGUGCGGAGGGUGCUGGUCAAGGCAGAGAUGGAGAAGUUCCUGCAGAGCAAGGAGCUGUACAGCAGCCUGUGGAAGGGCAAGGUCUGCUGCUGCUGCAGGGCCAAGUUCCCCCUCUUCUCCUGGCCUGCCGCCUGCCUCCUCUGCAAGCGGUCUGUCUGCAGCUCCUGCAGCUUGAAGAUGAAGAUGCCUUCCAAGAAGCUGGCUCACAUCCCUGUCUACGCCCUGGGCUUCGAAAGCCUCCCAGGCUCUCUGGUGGCCAAAGCGCUGCCACUGCGGCGGAGAGAGACCUUCCAGUGAGUCCCGGGUGCCCUGUGCCGCAGCUCACUCUCGGGGACGUGCUGGCGGCGGGUGGAAGAGGAGUUCCCCCACAUGUACGCCCAGGGCUCGGUCCUGCGCGACGUCUGCAGCGACUGUGCCGGCUUUGUCACCGAUGUCGUCUGCUCCAGCCGCCGCAGCGUCGCCGUCCUCAACGCCGCCCCGCGCCGCGCCAAGGCCCGCUCCCUCUACGCCGAGUCCUGGCACAAGUGAAGGGGGUUCUGCCCCCCCAGAUGUAUAUAUAUAUAUAUA